AUGCAAGACCCCAGUGCAGACACUGAAUGGAAUGACAACUUACACAGAAAGGGCAUCCUGCCCUCAAAGAAAAGCCUGAAAGAAUUGGAAAAGGAGGCAGAAGAGGAGGAGCAGAGGGUCCUCCAGCAGUCAGUAGUGAAAACAUACGAAGAUAUAACUUUAGAAGAGCUAGAGGAUAACGAAGAUGAAUUCAAUGAGGAGGAUGAACGGGCUAUUGAAAUGUACAGGCAGCAAAGACUGGCUGAGUGGAAGGCAACUCAACUGAAGAAUAAAUUUGGAGAAGUUUUGGAGAUCUCUGGCAAGGAUGAUGUUCAUGAAGUUACCAAAGCCAGUGAGGGCUUGUGGGUGGUCUUGCACCUCUACAAGCAAGGGAUUCUCCUCUGUGCUCUGAUAAAUCAGCACAUCAGUGGACUUGCCAGGAAUUUUCCUGAUGUCAAGUUUGUCAAGGCCAUUUCAACAACCUGCAUACCCAAUUACCCGGAUAGGAAUCUGCCUACAAUAUUCGUCUACCUUGAAGGUGACAUCAAGGCUCAGUUCAUCGGUCCUCUGGUGUUCAGUGGCGUGAAUCUGACAAGAGAUGAGUUGGAGUGGAAAUUGUCCGAGUCUGGAGCAGUCAAGACUGACCUGGAGGAGAACCCCAGCAAGCCCCUGGAGGAUGCGCUGCUGUCCUCAGUGUGGGGUUCCGUGCCUAUGAGGAGCGGGGACAGCGAUUCUGAGGGCGACUGAGGCUGCAGCUGCUGGGACUUUUUGAAAUUUCUUGAUGUGACACA